AGAAAACUGAUGCAAAAGGUCCAAGAAUUAACCGACGUUAAUGAGGCAGCAAACGCGAAAAUUGCAUCGCUAGAGAAAGUUCGUCAUAAGCUGAUGGGCGAUCUCGAUGAUGCACAGGUUGAUGUUGAACGUACUGCAAACUAA